AUGAGUGAUAGCGAUUCAAUGAUGUACGGUGAUGAUGAUGGGAAUGAGAGUCCCUUUUCCCCGGAACCGGUGAAGAAAAAACCUACGGCAAAGAAGGCGACAGCACCGAAAAAGUCUGCUCCCAAAAAAGCUGCGACCUCGAAGACCAAGACUGCAACGAAAAAACGAACAGCAGGUUCCGAUGAUGAUUCUGAGGAUCCAGGAUCAACACCCCCGGUCAACAAGAAACAGAAAAAAACAGCCCCCAAAAAGGCGAAGGCGAAGGCAAAGGAUGAAAACGAGGACGACAAUGAUGUUUUCGAAGAUGCCGACGAUGGUCCAGAGUCAGAGAAAAAGAAAUCUGGAGGAGAUGCCUACCAGAAGCUUACUCAAUUAGAGCAUAUCCUCAAACGCCCGGACACCUACAUUGGCUCUGUCGAGCGUACCGAAAAACAGAUGUGGGUCUUCAAUUCGGCCACGAAUUCCAUGGAAUGGAAGACCAUAAACAUGGUUCCCGGACUUUUAAAAAUCCUGGAUGAAAUUCUUGUGAAUGCUGCAGACAACAAGAUUCGUGAUCCAAAGAUGGACACCCUCAAAGUUACGGUGGACAAAGAAUCUAAUACCGUAUCUGUUUUUAAUAAUGGGUGUGGUAUUCCAAUCGAGAUGCACUCGAAAGAAAAAGUCUACGUUCCGGAAUUGAUUUUUGGUCACCUUCUUACAUCAUCUAAUUAUGAUGAUGAUGAAAAAAAGGUUACUGGUGGUCGUAAUGGUUAUGGUGCGAAGCUUUGCAAUAUUUUUAGUACCGAAUUUACCGUCGAAACUGGUGAUAAAGCCACAAAGCAGAAGUACAAACAGACAUGGAGAGACAACAUGAGUAAAAUGGAAAAGGCCAAAAUCACAUCAAAUGCAAAAGGCGAAGAGUUCACCAAAAUUACAUUCAAGCCUGACUUGGCUAAAUUUCAGAUGGAGAGAAUGGACGACGAUUUAGAGGCAAUCAUCAAGCGAAGAGUCUACGAUCUUGCUGGUGCUGUGAAAGGCGUGAAAGUCUUUUUGAACGGCGAGCGAAUUAAUUUGAGCUUCAAGAAAUACUGUGAGAUGUAUACAAAUGCCCUGCAUGAAGAGAAUGGUGGCGGUGAUAUCAAGCCUCAGAUUAUCCACGAGAUUAUCAAUGAUCGCUGGGAAAUUGGAUUUGCUGUUAGUAAUGGUUCAUUUCAGCAAGUCUCGUUUGUUAAUAGUAUCGCCACAACAUCUGGUGGUACACACGUCAACGCAAUUGCCGAUCAAAUUGGUGCCAAACUUAUGGAUUUGGUUAAGAAGAGGAACAAGACAGGCGCUGCUGUCAAACAAGCACAAAUUCGAAAUCAUUUCUUUCUCUUCGUCAACGCAUUGAUCGAAAACCCGGCAUUCACAUCCCAAACAAAGGAACAAUUGACUACGAGGGCGACUGCCUUUGGAAGCAAGUGCCCGGUUAGCGAAGAUUUCAUCAAGAAGGUCGCUAAGACCGAGGUUGUAAAAAAUAUCUUGGACUACGCCAAUAUGAAGGCCGAUAAAGCUUUGACGAAGACCGAUGGCUCUAGACGUUCUAGAAUCAACAACGCGAAGCUUGUCGAUGCCAACAAGGCUGGCACGAAGAGUGGCCACGAAUGUGUUCUUAUCUUGACAGAAGGAGAUUCCGCCAAAUCGUUGGCAAUAGCUGGCAUUUCUGCUAUUGAUGGCCGUGAUAGAUACGGUGUCUUCCCCUUACGUGGAAAACUCCUCAACGUACGAGACGCAUCCCAUGAUCAAAUCAUGAAGAAUGUAGAAAUCCAACUUAUUAAGCAAAUUCUCGGUUUACAACACAAAAAGGUUUAUGAGAGUAGGACUGAGUUGAGAUAUGGCCAUUUAAUGAUCAUGACCGAUCAAGAUUACGAUGGUAGCCAUAUCAAGGGAUUGCUGAUUAACUUCUUCGAGACCCAGUUUCCUAGUCUUUUGAAGCUACCUGGCUUUUUGAUUGAAUUCAUCACCCCUAUCGUAAAGGUUUACAAGGGCUCUUUGAAGAAUCCUACCAAGGAGCUCAGUUUCUUCACUAUGCCAGAAUACGAAUAUUGGAAGGCAAAUAAUACUGAGAAGGGAUGGGAGCAUAAAUACUACAAAGGUUUGGGUACAUCUACCGAAGCGGAUGCGAGGGUGUACUUUGCCGAUUUGGAGAAACAUAUGAAGGAGUUUCAUGUCAUGGAAGAAGAGGGUCGAAAUUUGAUCGAGUUGGCAUUCUCGAAAAAGAAGGCAGAUGAGCGAAAGGAAUGGCUUCGACUUUAUAAGCCAGGAACCUUUCUCGAUCAUGGCGUUGAUAAGAUCUCUUACCCUGAGUUCGUUAACAAGGAAUUGAUCCUAUUCUCUAUGGCAGAUAACAUCCGUUCUAUUCCUUCUAUGGUUGAUGGUCUCAAGCCUGGCCAGCGCAAGAUUCUCUUCGCUUGUUUUAAGCGGAACCUCAAAAAACAGGUCAAGGUCUCUGAAUUAGCUGGAUAUGUCUCCGAGCAAACUGCGUAUCAGCACGGUGAACAGUCUCUUCAAGGCGCCAUUGUCAACUUGGCGCAGAGUUUUGUUGGAACCAAUAAUCUCAAUCUGUUGGAACCCGAAGGAUCUUUCGGUACUCGUCUCGAUGGCGGUAAAGAUGCGGCUAGUCCUCGUUAUAUUUACACCCUGCUUUCACCUUUUGCCAGAAAGUUGUUCCCUCAGAUGGAUGAUCCUCUAUUGGCGUAUAACCUGGACGACGAUAAGAAGAUCGAGCCGUUGUGGUAUGCGCCAAUUGUGCCACUGGUUCUCAUCAACGGUGCAGACGGUAUCGGCACUGGUUGGAGCACAAACAUUCCUAAUUAUAACCCUGAAGACGUUGUGAAUAAUAUCCGCCGCUUGAUGAAAAACGAAGAGUUGGAGGAAAUGGUGCCAUGGUACCGUAAUUGGACCGGACACAUCGAGAAGCUGUCAGACGAUAAAUACAAAUUUACUGGUAUCGUGAAACAGAUUGAUGACGUCACUUGUGAAGUCACAGAACUGCCUGUCAAGAUGUGGACGCAGGAGUUUAAGGAAAGACUUGAGGAGAUCAUCAAAGCAGAGAAGACACCCAGAUUUAUCAAGGAUUAUGUUGAUUAUAACUCUCCACAAAAAGUGCAUUUCAUUAUAACCAUGGAAUCUGAAAAGCAUAUGAAGGAAGCACUGGCAGAAGGUCUUGAGAAUAGGUUCAAGCUAUCGAAGACGAUUGCGACAACUAAUCUUGUUGCCUUCGAUCCCGAGGGGAGAAUCAACAAAUAUAACACUGUCAACGACAUCCUGAAGGAAUUCUAUUUCAUUCGUCUAAAGCUUUACCAAGAACGAAAGGAAUAUAUGCUUAACGAGAUGAACCGAACACUGCUCAGGCUCACUAACCAAGCUAGAUUUAUUAAGAUGAUCGUCGACAAAGAAUUGAUUGUUUCGGGCAGAAAGCGUGCGGAUAUCAUUUCAGAGCUCAAAAGAAAGAACUUCGACACAUUCUCUAAAAAAGAUCUGGCUAAAGGUGCCGGCGAGACCGAGGCCGCACAGGAAGAUGAGGAAGACGAUGAUUCUUCGGUUGGUGAUGGUUACAACUAUCUUUUGGGGAUGGCUAUCUGGUCCUUGACUAAAGAAAAGGUCGACAAGCUCCUCAAGGAGGUUGCCAACAAGGAACUCGAGAUUGAUGAGCUCCUAAAACUCUCGCCAAAGCAGCUUUGGGCUACUGAUCUUGACGCCUUCGUUGAGGAGUGGAGACUCACUUUGGAGGAUGAUAAGAGACGUGCCCUGUUAGGUACCGUGAAGCAGAAGCGUCGUGGGAAGUUAGUUGGUAAAGGUGCCAAAGGCAAAAAGAAGGCCGACUCCGAUGAGUCUGAUUACGAAGCAAAGUCAAAAAAGAAAACUGCCGCCAAAGCUAAGGCAGAUGCAAAGAAGCAGACAACAUUAGGAUUUAAACCUGCCGAAAAAAAUGACGUGAUCGACAAAAAACCACCUGCCCGAGCGGCAAAGAAUGCACCAAUUAUCGAAGAGCUGAGUGAUGAAGACUUCGAAAUGCUUGAAAAGAAUGCAGAGAAGACGAGGCCAAAACCCCUCGCAAAGCCGAAAGUCGGAAAGCCCCAAGUCACAGAGCUGCUUUCAUCGUCACCUGCAGCAGCUGAAAAGAUAAAACGCACCGAUGUUUUCAAGGCCGAAUCCGAUGGUGAGGAUGACGGAGAUGACGUGUUCAUGGCCGAAGCUGUGAGAGCAGAAGUACGCAAAAAAGCUUCGAGGGUUGAAUCAGAAGACGAAUUCGAUUUUAACGGUUCUGAAGACGAGCGGCCGAAAAUGACUGUUGCUAAGGCUGCUCCCCUAAAAGCAGCCGCUAAAGCGAAACCGACAGCCAAACAAGCAACGAAGGCAAAGAUCGAUAGUAUUUUUGACGCUUCUGAUGAUGAAUUGCCACCGGCGAAAACUAUAACGAACAAGCCAAGGCGCGCUGCAGCUCCUCAAAAAUCUUUGGUGGAUACGGAUUCUGAUCUUUCGGAUGUCAUGGAUGAUGAGAUAGUAAUGCCUAAGCAAACUGUGGCAAGUAAGCCAAAACGUACUGCGGCGCCUAAGAAGUCUCUUGUCGAUAUAGAUUCCGAUCUCUCAGAAGAUGAUGACGGCCUGGGCGACGUAAGCGCAAUGGUUAAAGGUGUAGGAAGCGGCGCGGCUGCUUCUGUUACAUUAUUCAAACAAAGCCCAGCAAAGGCGAAAGUGCCAGCCAAAGCCCUAAAGAAGACUAUUGCCAAACCAACACAGAGGAAGGCAAUUAAUCUUGACAGUGAAGAUGAGGGCGAGUCUGAUGAUGCUGGUAAACAACUUAAAGGGAAUGAAAAUAUGCUCAUUUCAGAUUCGGAGGAGGAACCGCCUACGAAGCCAACUUCUAAAAAGGCUGCACCUGUGAGGUCUGCCGCCGCGAAGAAGGCUGCACCUGUGAAGAAAGCCGCGCCUGCCAAAAAAGCUCCCACAAAGCCUACUACUCAAGCUCAUAGAAAGAAGGUUCUUGACGAAUCUGAUGAAGAAAUCGACGUUGAGGCGACCCUCGACCAGUUGUUGAGUUCCGAUGAAGAGAUGGAGGAUCCAGAGCCUAAACCAGUAUCUCGUGGCCGGGCUCCAAGAGGAGCUGCAAAACCUGUUAGCUACAAGAUUGCACCUGUUGAUUCCGAGGAUGAUGACGAUGAUGACGAUGCAUCUGAAGAUUUUGAUAUUGAUUCGGAGUAA